AUGGACUUGGAAGUUAACCUUGAGUCAUCUACAAACUUUUCUGAUAGAUCUUCAAGCGUCGCUAGGAAGUUAUCUAAUACUGCAGAAAGGGCAUCUCGAGCUGCAAAGGUUUUGCCUGAUUCACCUGCUGACUCACAGGACUUACCUCUGCCCUUUACCGGGAGGAAACAGGGUGUUACCCGACGUGCUUCACUAAACUCAAAUGCAUCCUCGUCGAAGCAGAUUGCAGAGCUUUCUGGAGAGGAUGUUGACAAGACUUCUGCAUCCCAGAAACAACGCCGUAAAUCUCGUCCAGUCUCUACGGAAGGUCAAGAAGUUGACGAUUCUUCUGUCUUUACUAAACCGACCACAUCUACUCGUACGCGGCACCUGAUAGCAAGGAGGUACUCCCCAUCACCAGACACUCGUCCCGGUGCGAAAUUAAAGAAUUUAAUGGCUAAAAUUCAAGACAAAGAGAAACAGGGGAAACAGAAAUUGGCAACGAUCUACGAAAAGUCGACGAAGGCCAAUUUCUAUAUACAAAAACUCCAUGAGUUCUCUUUCACAAAGUUGCCGAAGGAUUACGAUUCUGUCUCCAUCAUCCUUCUUGGGAACCUGCGUUUUGAACCCAUUGAUUUUGAACUGCCUCAUGAUAUCGCGAAAAGGCUUAAAGAGGCGGCUGUAUUGGCACGAGAAUCACCAGUAGUGAACCCUUCUCCAGCACCAGCCACAAUUUCUGCAAAAGUUAGGACCAAGCCUUCUCGUUCGACCGCUAGAACACGUCAAGAACUUGUCGUCAAAGAAGAAGUUUUGAGUGUACAGUCAUCAGACGAAGAAGAUGCUAAUGAAGGAUCAGCACCCGUUAUAAGAAUGGCUGAUAUAGGAGCGGCACCGUUCACGCCUACACCCGUCGCGUCCCCUACCAAUGUAACAACAAAGCCCAGAAGAAGGCCCAAGCCAUCAGCUCCGGUAAUCAAACUUCCUAGAAGAAGAACGAUUGAUGUUGCCAAUAGGAUGGAUUUGUCCGAAAGAUCCUCCAUGGCAUCUGCAAGCUCAGCUGAGGAUGUUGUUGGUAUGCCGGUAGUUGAAAAGGUAGUAUCUGAUUUUAUGGUUGUACCCUUCAUUGCUUAUUUGCAAUUGCAUAUUUCCCAUUGUUCAAAAAGACUAUGCAAAUAA